AAAAAAUAAAUAUUCUUUUUUUUUUCCCCCUCUCUUAAUAUCAUCCACAAGCAAGAUCUCCCCAAAUUCCAAAACAAACUUAUAAUCAGUACAAGUUCAAUAUGACUACUCCUCAGUCAUAACAUAUCACCGCCUUUCUCUCCUCUCCAAGUCCAAACUGCUCUCCUCUUUUUCUGUCUCCAAACCCUCUCAAAUCACCACAUCUUGCUUCGCUUCUUAUUCUCUUCUUAUUUAUACAUAAAUAAUAUCUUUUCUACUUUAUCAUCAAAAUCCCUUAUUUUAAUGGCUUUCUUCUGAUCUCUCUCCUUCUCUGCAAAAACCAAGAAGCAUUCCACGCUCAACAAAAUCUCUCUUCUUUUCCUCUCACAGAAGAAGAAAUGAAAGGAAUGAUUUGCGAGCUCUGUAGUAAGGAGGCCUCGGUCUACUGCGACUCGGACCACGCCUUCCUAUGCUGGACCUGCGACGCCGACGUUCACCAGGCGAACUUCCUCGUCGCUCGCCACGUCCGGGAACCUCUCUGCUCCAAUUGCAAGGGAUUCACCGGAGGCUUCAUCUCCGGUGAAGGUCUCCGGCGUAAUCCACGGUUCCCGAUCUGCCGGAGUUGCUCGCCGGAUGAGUCUUCCGGCGAGGAUCAGGCGGAUUCGCUGUCGUCCUCGUCCUCUGUUUCCUCUGCUUGCGUCUCGAGCAACGGAUUGAAGACGCUUCAGUUCGUAGAUCAGCCGAAGAUCGCGAGGAUCGGCCCGUCGAUCUCCGUCACGGAGCUCUCCAGCGAGGAAUCGAGUCUGCCAGCGAUAUUCUCCGGCGAAGUUAUGUCGAAGAAGACGAGCCAGAGUCUGAAGAAGAAGAAGAACAACAAGAUGAUCAAGAAAGUGAAUGAGCAGAUCAGACCUCGGGGUCCGAUGAGCGUGGACGCGAAGGCGGAGGGCAUUUUCGGGAACUGGUGCAGGGAGCUGGGCCUAAACGGUAAUUCCGCAGUCGUGUCGUUGGCCUCCCACGCGCUGAGCCUCUGCGUGGGGAGGUCCAGCGUUUUGCCCUUCAGAGUGUCUCUAGCGGCGUCGUUCUGGUGGGGCUUGAGAUCCUGCGUGGACAAGUCGGCGCGUGCGUUACACUGCCUUAAACGGCUCGAGGACGUUUCUAGAGUGCCAGCUAGGCUGAUCCUGACCGUCGGAUUUAAGCUCGAUCGAGAAUUGAGUGCCCGAAAAUCUCGUCGCCAUGAUCUGGCGGAAGGCUGGGCGGAGUGCUCCGGCAAAACAGCGUCGUAGAGCUAAUCCCACACGUGUGUAUAAUCCAUUUCAGUUUGAUUAGGCUUUUUUAAUUGGGGAUUUUUUUUUUUUUUUUUUGGGAUUUGCAAUUCUGCGUUGUCGUGUUGCCUUUCGGUGGUUCGCAUUAUUGCAAAGAGUGCUACUACUAAUAUUUGAAUUGAAUGAAUCCUGACCAUUAUAUU